UACCUGACCACCCUUGCUGAUGCUGAAAUACCUGCCUGACUACACCCUCCUCAUGCUAAAAUACCUUAGAGUACUGCACAUCAUACAUCUUGAGCUAGUUAUUGGUGCCUUAGCUGGAUCAAUUAUCGUGGAGCCACAUGUCACAGCAGUGUGGGGAAAAAAUGUUUCUUUGAAGUGUUUAAUUGAAGUGAAUGAAACUAUAACACAGAUUUCAUGGGAGAAGAUACAUGGCAAAAGUACACAGACUAUUGCAGUUCAUCAUCCUCAAUAUGGAUUCUCUGUUCAAGGGGACUAUCAGGGAAGAGUCUUGUUUAAGAACUACUCACUUAAUGAUGCAACAAUUACUCUGCAUAACAUAGGCUUCUCAGAUUCUGGAAAAUACAUAUGCAAAGCUGUUACAUUCCCACUUGGAAAUGCCCAGUCCUCUACAACUGUGACUGUGUUAGUUGAACCUACAGUGAGCCUCAUAAAGGGGCCAGAUUCUUUAAUUGAUGGAGGAAAUGAAACAGUAGCAGCCAUUUGUAUAGCAGCCACUGGAAAACCAGUUGCACAUAUUGACUGGGAAGGUGAUCUUGGUGAAAUGGAAUCUACUACAACUUCCUUUCCCAAUGAAACAGCAACGAUUGUCAGUCAGUACAAGCUGUUUCCCACAAGAUUUGCUAGAGGAAGGCGAAUUACUUGUGUUGUAAAACAUCCAGCCUUAGAAAAGGACGUCCGAUACUCUUUUGUACUAGACAUACAGUAUGCUCCUGAAGUUUCAGUUACAGGAUAUGAUGGAAAUUGGUUUGUGGGAAGAAAAGGUGUUAACCUCAAAUGUAAUGCUGAUGCAAAUCCUCCACCCUUCAAGUCCGUGUGGAGCAGGUUGGAUGGACAAUGGCCUGAGGGUUUAUUGGCUUCAGACAAUACUCUUCAUUUUGUCUCUCCACUGACUUUCAAUUAUUCUGGCAUUUAUAUCUGUAAAGUGACAAAUUCCCUUGGUCAAAGAAGUGAUCAAAAGGUCAUCUACAUUUCAGACAUCCCACUUAAGCAGACCUCAUCCAUAGCAGUGGCUGGAGCUGUGAUUGGAGCUGUCCUGGCCCUUUUCAUCAUUGCUGUCUUCGUGACUGUGUUGCUAACACCGAGGAAGAAGAGACCAUCCUAUCUUGACAAAGUAAUUGAUCUUCCUCCUACACAUAAGCCAUCCCCUGUCUAUGAAGAACGAGUUCCUUCCCUGCCUCAGAAAAGCCUUCUGUGUCAGGACUGUCUUGCAUGACUUGAGCUGACAGUGAAGCAGAGGGCUUCCAGGAUGGCUCAACUUGGGAGGUAUGAGAUAAAUUACUCAGAUAAUAAUUAGAGUAAUUUUAUUGUAGUAAGUUUAGUAACAGGAAUAAUCCUGAGCAGAAAUGAAGAAUGACAUUGAAAUGUAGUCAAAACCUUUUGUUAAAGGAAAUUUGAUGGGAAAAUACCUUGUAUAAAGAUGAGUAGUGUUGGCCCUUAAUAAGUAAACAGCCCAGUUAGCAUUGUGAUUCUUUUUUCCUCAUUCAAAUCAAGCAGUGAAAAGCACUAGUCACUAAUGUUUUCUUCUAAAUAUUAAGCCAAAUCUAUACAAUAUAGGAGAAUCAGAACUUGUGUUGGACAUGAAAUCAGUCAUAUUCUUCAUUCUUUUAAAAAUGCAUUUAGAAAUAGUUUAAGCUUUAGUAAGAUAAUUUAUUAUGACCCCAUUAUACUAUCACACACUAAUUGUACUGAUAUUUGUUUUGAGUUUAUCUUACAUCAAAAUGCAAAGUAUAUAACUAUUUCUUGGUUACUAAGGAAUCUGUGAGUUUGUGAUGGCCAUGCUCUGAUCUUAUCAACUUAAAAUUGAUUAAUUUCUACUUGAAGUCAUUACUUAGUGAAAUCAUUACUUAGCUCUAACAACCAGGCCUGGUUCUACAGGUCUCAUGUUCCCAGAAGGCUAACCUAGCUUUAAGGAAGAGCCUGAUGUCAACAUUAAACACCAUUCUCUCCUCAAAGGAGAUAGGAGACAGUUUAUUCUGGAUCCAAAUAUGAAUGUUCAUAGCCCAGGAACAGGGUAGCCUCAAAUGACAUGCUCCAGUGUAGACACAAGGUAUAGAACAAAAGAAAGUCUUAAAUUGAGGUACAUUUUCUUCUUAUACAUUGGUGGAAACAUAAAGUAGUCAGGCCACAACAGAAUGCAGACAUCCCUAAUGUGCGUGUCAUGUGCUAUCUGUUCAUACCUUUUGAAUUGGUGGAUGCUAGCUAAUAGUCUGUUACGUUAAUGUUUUGUACGAACUUUGACAAGAUGAACUCAGAAGUGGCAGUGAAUGUCUGUGAAGGGGACUAAAGACAGCCUAUGUAUGAUAAGGUGGCUUUAGAUUUGCAGCAUUCUAACAAUCAAACUGUAGUCAGCAUUGUUGAGUCUUUGAGUGUGAGUUUCUGAGAGUUUCAGUUUAUGCUGACCUUUUUCAUUGCUGGUUUUGGAAAGCAGUGAUUCCUUCCCGUGCACACAAGUUCAGUGAUAAGCAGUUACUUUGUUGGAAGUACAUGCAUUAAUCCCUGAGAACUUUUCUCCCAGAUACACAUUUUUUUUUUUUAGGAAAAUGAAGCCUGGUAUUGUAGAGAGACAUUUUCUUGAGUGAGAACUGUUUUCCUACAGAGAAGAUGUCUGAAGUGGCAGUAAUACAUUUUUAGGAAAUCAGAAUCAAUGUUUUGUGUGAAGGCAAAGAGCCCUUAAGUCACCAGUGUGUACUCUUCAUAGCUGAACACCUGGCAGAAGUGAUCUUUAUUUAUGAAGCAUACAAGCUUUCAGCAUUAAAUUGUGUUUUACAAUUUUAUGAUAGUUUAUUUUCCUUAUAUGUCUCAUACAAAACUAUACUCAUCAUAUAAAAUAUAAAAUACAAUCUUACAGAAAUUUAAAAGAUCAACUGUGCAGAUCUUUUUCUUCAUUCCAGCAUCCUCAAAGUUCUGCAGACUACACUGCUGUUGAAGAGUUAAACAGCUCACCACACUUCAGUCCAUGACUUGACUUUAUACAUGUUCAGAUUUUAAUCUGUGAAUGGUUAUUUUAAAACAUAGGUGGAACAAUAUCAUACAACUAUUUUGAAAUUUUUUCUUUCUCUUAUUUACUAUGUCUUCCAUGAUAAUCUAUUUUUCAGAGUGGCCUAUGCAAUUACCUUUAUCAAAAUCCUCUGAAUUACUAAAUGAGCACUCACCAACACAGUUUCAGUUGCCUUGUAUUGGAAUCUUUGGAUUUGUUAACAGUUGGCAUGCCCCUGCUUUCAAGUCUAAGUUCUGUUUUUGUAUCUCUGUCCCACUGUGGUUGACUUUCAAAAUACUCCAUUACAUUGACACAUAAAAUUCAUCCAAGGAGAUCCUUAUUUUUGUUUCCGAAUUAUAGUGAAAAUACUUGACGCAUUUUGUUGUGCUUGUAUGUUUAUGAGAUUUAUGCCAAUAGGUAGAAUCAUUUUUUUUAAAGAAGAGGCAUAUUAUCAGCCACAGUAUCAAUAUAUAUUCUUACAGAUAGCAUGCAAAACCUGUUUGCCUCUCUGUCCUGUAGUAGGAGGUGUUCUGUGGAUGUUCUAACUAAACAUUCCGUGGAUUCUUGGAUGAAGUGGGUCCUAGUUACUGGUUACUGAAUCACAUAUUAUAUCUUCCCCAGUUUCUACAUUGUAUUUUGAGCUUUGAUUGUUUCUGCCUCAGAGAUUCUGAUGUAAAUAUAGUCCUUUGUCUUACAUAAUUUUCUGUUUUUAAAUGUCAUAGUGUUGUGUAGGCUAUUAAAAUUUUUUUCCAAUCAGAUCUAUCUCUUGUAUUUAGUGGGAGGUUGUUUUUGAUCUGAAAAGCUUUCCAUUCAGUCUCUCUUGGCCAGAACAUAUUUUUUUUUAAUCUUAUAAAUCUGUAAUGGUUUAUGUUUUAUUUUAAAACUGAGAUUUUUGUGGUGUGUGUGAUUUCAAGUUGAGACCUGUUUAACCAGCGAGAUCACCAGUUGUUCAAAUUUUGGAGAUCUUGUCUAAUUACAUUAUAUUUUUGUGUUCUCCUACUAAACCAUAUGUUGGUGAUAUGAUCUACUAUUCAGUGGAACAAAUUCCUUUAUCAAUUUUCCUUGCCAAGAUAUUCCUGUUUGUUUGUUUGUUUGUUUGACUUUAUGAAUAACUUCCCAGACUUCAUAAAACUAUAUAUUAAAGUUAGGGAUUACUCUAAUGAAACUGACAACCGUGGUAAUACCAAUUCAAAAAGAAAAUGUCAUAGGCUUUCACUUUGGUGUUUAUUUUUGUAUAAAAUUUCUUCUCCAGAGCAUAUGUUUUAUUUUCUCUUUGGGUUUAUUGUAUACGAUUAAGCAUUUUGAUUGCCAGUAGUAUUCUCUACCCCUGCCUCUACCUCCAUGGCUUCUUCUUGUUCUUGUUCAUGGAGUUCCUAUUUGGUCUAAAUAAUAAAAGGCCAAAGUCAGAUGUAGAGGAAAAAUGCUGAGAGGUCAAAACGAAGGAGGAGAAAGCCAAAGCCCACCUUCACCUUAUUAGUUUCCCAGCAGAAAAGAGAACAAGUUCCUGUUUCUUCCCACUUAUAUCCUCUUUCCACCCAGCCAUCUCACUUCUUGUCUGUCUGUACAGACCUCCUGACUUUUAUGGUUGGCUAGUAGAAAGCUCUAUCCUCUGAUCUUCAAAAAAGAUUUAUUUAUUCAAGCAAGAUAUCACCACAUCUAAUAGGGAGUUGACUAACAUGUACAAAGACUCAUACUAAAACCACGUAGGGUUUUUGAUAAUUAUUCCACUGAUGGCUCUUCUACCAUAUUCUUUGAUUCAGGGUUUCUUAGUCAAUCUCAGAACUCUCUAAUUUGACUGGCUUCACUAGCCACCUUGCUCUAGAAUCCAGUGUUUGUCGUUCAAGUUUCAAAUUACAGGUGAGCCUUCACAACUAGCAUUUGUGUGGUUACUGGAUUUUGCAAGUUGAUUUUUUGCCAUUUUCCUGAAAUUGUUGUUUCUAGAAAUAUCCUGCUGGACUCUUGGGCAUCAUUUAUAUGUAAUAUCACAUUCGUCUGCAGCUACAGAUGAUUUGACUUCUCCUUUUGUGGUGAUAUUUUGUUUAUGAUCUAAUAAAUAAAGCUUGCCUGAAGUUCAGAGUGCAAAGCUAGCCAAACUAUUCCUAGAGGUCAGGCAGUGGUGGCACACACCUUUAAUUUCAGUUAGCCAUAGAAGCUGGAUGAUGGUGCUACACUCCUUUAAUCCCAUCACUAGAGAGGAAUAUAAGGCUGGUAGAGACAGAAGUGCAGAGUAUUCAGUCUGCAGUCAUGCUGAGACCAGUAUCACCCCUUCUGGUCUGAGCCUUGGCAGAAGUAAGAAUUCUUAGACUCAUGCCAUGUGGCCAGCUCUCCCAUGCCUGAGGUGAGGAUUGGACCAUCUCUCUGGAGUGCUAGGGGUCAGCUCUACCAUGAGAGGGCAGUGCCAGCUCUCCUGCUGUAGUGCCCCUUUAGAGGGCAGGCCCAGCCAUCCCAGGGCCAGCAAGAGAAAGGGCUGACUCAGCAUGGCCCUUUCAACAGGCAUUGUUCCUCUGACCCCUCUGUAGUAACCUGAGCCAUGGACAUCAACUCUGACCCUGGCUGCUGUUGGGUCAUGGACCAGUAAUUCUUUUGGUCAGUCUGAUAAGUAUUUAGAGAUUCUAAUAGGGAUGUAUUUAUAUUUUGCCUUAGUUUUAAUUUGCGUUUAUCUUCUUUGGUGAAGUGCAUGUUCAAAUAUGUGCUCAGAUUUAUUGGAUUACUUAUCUUUUUUUUUUAAAUCUCCCCACUGACAUAUACACACUUUAUCUUCUUUCCAAUCCCUUUGCCUUCUUUCUCCUUCUCCUCUGUUUUGGAUUGUAUUCUUAUUGUUGAGUUUGAGCAGUCUUCAUCAAUUUUGAUAUAAGUCCUUUCUAAACAAUUUGUAAAUAUUUUCAUUCUCUUAAUAGUAACUUUUGAAGAGCACAAGUUCCCUUGAGUUGAAGGUGUGGAGAACCUAUUUUGUCAUUUAUUGUUCUACUUCAUUAAAGCUCUGUGGCUAAUACAUUUUAUGAUAUGCCAUUGUCCUUAAUUUUUCCUUUGUGAGCAUUCUCACCAGUUAGGAAAUUCAAUGAAUUUUUUUAAGUCAUGAAAAGUCCUUAGUGUCUGCUAUUCUCAGGAAUCACUAAGUAUUACACUUACUUCUUGCCUGAGCUCUAUAAACAUUAGAGAAAUAGACUCCUCCAUUGUAUUUGGUGGCUCAUGGCACAGAAGUGCACCUUACCUUUUACAUGUUGUAUUCAUUUCUAUGUCAGGUAUAGAAUUAACACAAGUGAUAGAAUAGUAAAAAUUGAGAAGAGGAAAUAAGUUUUGACAUAUGAAUGAGCACCAUUUUAGAGUCAUGUCAACUCUAGUAUUAUAUAGGACCCAUGAUGCUAAUCACAAUCAAGAUUCGUCAUCAUCUUAACUUCCUGUCAUUGUAGAACUAACACUAAGAAAGUUUAUUUCAGACUUACUGUCUGUGUGUAAGCCAAAGUCAAUCUAGGGAGCCUGGAGUGGUGGUUUCCAGGCAAAGAUUCCACAUUCAUUGGCUUUGCAGUAUUUUAUUAAUGUGGAAACAUUCCCAAAUACUGUUAGUGUUAGCACAUUAAUAUGUGGCUUUUAUUGGUUUGGGUUUGGGUUUCGUGCUGGGGUUUGAACCCAGGGACCCUGUAUAUACUGAGCACAUACCGUGUAGUACUAGGAACAGGAGUUGAAAUCUUACUACAAUUCUCAAGUUUGUCUCUUCUUGACUUGUAACUAGAUUGCUUCUGAAUGGGAAGUUAGUUGGUACUGUUUUAAAAAAGAAAUAUAAAUGUUUGGCUACAUACUGAUUCCUUCAGAAAUAUAUCUAACAGUGGUUAAAUUAUACUUUGUGUAAUUAAUGAUUGAAAAGAUCUGUCUUCAUUAUAGCCAUCAGUAUCCAGGAUCAGAAUGAAGCCAAUAAUUAAAAGCAAAGCAUCAGAAAUCAACCUUUUUAAGUCUGUCCUGACCAACUCAAAGAGAACAUCUACUUCACGUUUUCUUAAGAUUCCUUACUCUAACUCCAUGUGGUUCUGUCUAUAUUAUAACAGCCUCACCCUUCUAUUUGAAUUUAUCACCAAGUUAUAGGAAUGGAUUUUUUUUAAGCCACACAACUACUUGUAAUCAUAUAUUUGGAUCUUUUCUUGUUCUCUCUCUUCUUAUUUAGCUCUAGAAGAGGAAACUGUGGUUAUUCAUACAGUUCAUAACCUAUACCAGGGUUAUCCUAAAGUUGCUGCCUUACAGUGACAGUCAAGUUAAUUGUUCAUAAAAUCAGUUACCUAAUCAAGAUGAACAUGAUAGAGAUUUGGGAUGGAGACAGGGGAUGGAAAUCUAUUUACACUGUCACUUUGUACUUCUCCCUGUGCAAUUAAUUUCUAUGCAAUUAGGAAAUUGUAUAGCAUAUGGUUUCUGAAGCAGAAGUGGUAGUAACUAUUGAAAUAGGUGCUAGUUUCUCGGUCAUGCCAAGUUCAAAGCUUUUAUCAUUGUCAGUUCAUAAUAAGCAGAGAUUGAUCUCUGCUUUUUAAUAUUACUAGUAAUAUUUUAGAGGUGGGGGAUGUUUUUGAGACACAUGCAUCCCUGGCUGUCUGGAAGUUGCUGCUCUUCUGGUCUUCUGUUCCUCCUGCCUUCAUCUUCAAAGCACUGGGGUUACAGGUGUGCACUGCGGCACCUGGUCUUAUGGAUCUAAGGUAGAUUCUGAGUAUGGUAUCCAGCCCAAGGCCUGUCCAUACAAGGUAAGCAUUCUAUGAGCUGAGGCACAUCCCUAGCCUCCUAAAAAUAUUCUUAAACACCACAUAAGCCAUUUAAAGACUUGAAGAAUUAACCCAGAUGUAAUUCCAAGACUGGAAACAAAAGAGAAACCUUUAAUGGCUCAACUCUACUUGGGAACUCUAAAAGUAUUAUCUGAACCAAUAAUUUACUAAGUAUGGUUUUAACUUUUAAGGAAUUAAAUUUAGACUAUUUUUGCUUGAAAUACAGAGCAUUAAAUUUGUGUAGUUUAUUUUAGACUUGUGUUAACUUCACACUACCCUUAGGGAACUUUAAGUCCUAAUUAGAGGUGACUUGAUUGACUCAUGACUCACCAGUAAGAAACUGAUUGAAGUUAAAUUCUGGAAGCUAAGUAAGGUAAAAUUUCUUCCUGGAUUUCAAAGAACCUAAUACCUUUCCUUAUCAAAAAGCACUCAUGAUCCUUUUUAAGUGGAGCGAUUUUAUUUCAAGUUCAUAAAUGUCUGAAUACAGAAGUGGGCUGUUUUUUGUUUUAUUUGAUAUUUAUGUGUGUGUGUGUGUGUGUGUGUGUGUGUGUGUGUGUGUGUGUGUGUGUGUGUGUGUGUGUGUGUGUACACAUGCAAGAUCAUGGAUGUGCUCCAGUCUAUAUAUGGAGGUCACAGAGGGAAGCAUGGAGGAGUCAGCUCUCUCUUUCUACUACAUGGAUCUCAGAGAUCAGACAGAGGUCCUCAGGCUUGGCAACAAGCACCUUUACCCAUUGGAGCUGCUUACUGGCCCCAAACUGGGCUAUUUUAAAUGUUCAGAACAGAUUGAUUAAGUUUGAGAGGUUUGGGGGUUGGUUUGUUUUUUUUUUAACAGACUUCUCUGGUUUUGUUUGUUUGUUGUUUGUUUUUGUUUUUGUUUUUGUUUUUUUUUUAAGACAGGGUUUCUCCAUGGCUGGUCUCAAACUCACAGAGCUCUGCCUGUCUCUGCCUCCCAAGUGCUGGGAUUAAAGGCAUGGACCACCACCAUCCAGCUAAAAGAUAGAUGACUUAUAAAUGAAAUUUCAUAUGUUAUCAGUUUUAUUUUGAAUGUGGCCAUCUUGGUUUAAUGAAAGCUACAGUUGUUCUCUGACCUCUGCACACAUACUAUGACACUAUCAUGCCCCAUCCCAAUAAAUAAACAUAAAAAAUGCCAGCAAUUAAAAACAUGUUAUAAUUUUCAACAAAGCCAUAUUUCAAAAUAAGAAUUAAAGGUGUCAGUCAGCACCUCAAAAGGGAUUGAUUCAAGGACUCUACAGAUACUGGUGUGCUUAGAAUCCUGACAUGAAAUUUAAGAAAUAGGGUGUUGCAGAUCUUCCAAGUACUUUAAAUCAUGUGUGUCCCACCUGUGACCACAGAAUCAACUCACUGGGGCUCAUAGAUAGAAAUUGAAAUGACGGUCAAGGGAGCCUGGACGGCUCUGACCUAGGUCCUCUGUAUAUAUAUCAUAUAUAGUUUGGUGUUCUUGUGGGACUCCCAACAUUGGGAGAGGGGUUUAUCUCUGAAUCUUUUGACUGCUAAGGGGACCCUUUUCCUCCUACUGGGCUGCCUCAUUGAAUGUUGUUAUGAGGGUAUGUCCCUAGAUUUCAUAUGUCAUUUUUUGUUUACCCCUGGGAGGCGUGGUCUCUUCUGAAGGGAAAUGGAAGAGGAGUGGGAAGUUGGGAGGGAGAGACUGGGAAGAGGAGGGAUGGGAAACUUUGGUCAGGAUGUAACAUAUGAGAGAAGAACAAAUACGUAAAUUAAUUUUUUAAAAAUGAAGCCAUCUCUGGCUUGCUUAGUGUAAUGUGUUUAUAAAUAGAUGUUAUUGUAUGGUGUUUGAAACAAUAAGAAAUCAAUGUGGAUAUUGAGGCAUUUAUAAAAAAAAAUUGUACUGUGGAAAUUCCUUUAAGAUUUUCAGCCAUAGUUGAUUGACUCUGUGAAUGUGGAGCCUGCAGAAAAGGAAACUAUACUAUACUAUAUAACUAUACAAAAUUAAUUUCAAUAUACAUAAUGGUUGAGAAAUCUUUAAAACACCAAAAUGUAAGAAAAAUUUAAAGAUAAUCCAAUAGCUAGAAAAACUAAGAAACAUUUAUUUAGGGUACAAUGGUCUUGACCAGUUUAUCUGUGUGUAAACUGUCAAUAGUUAUUCAUCUAUAAACACUAAAUUAUUCUAUUUUCUUAAAUGGGUUUGGGAAUCUUCCACCUAUUACCCUUGGUAACCUGUCAGAUGUGUUUCCAUAGCUACUAAGUUAGCAUGCUACAAAUUUCCUGCUCCAGAGCAUGGUGGUAGACAUAGUUAUCAUAGUAGGUGCCAGCGAUAUUUCUUAUCAUUGAUUACAUUUGAUGUGACAUGGAUCCAAAUUAAUUUAAUUGUUUCCUUGGUAGACCAAGAUAUUCAUGUAUUCCAUCUCACAUACAGUAGUUUACUUGACCUACUAGCAUUUCCUAAACUGCAAUUGUGUUCCAAGCAAGUAAUUAGCCUAUCAGUGAGUCAGUUUUUCUUCUUUUGAAUCUUAUUUUACAAAUAAAUUAGGCCACAAGCUACUGUUUCUGUGGCCAGGAAGAUUAAAGGAUUAAUUUUUUUUCAAAAAAUACAUUUUUAUUAUUUAUAAGGGGUCUUAUGCCAUGGCCAACAAGGAGGAGAUAGCUCUCACCACCAUCUGGGAAUUGAACUCAGGUCAUGAGGUUUGAUGGCAAGUGCCCUCAACCACAGAGCCAUCUUGCUGGCCCUAAAAAGUUAGUCUUGCAAUUCAGACUAACAUCCUUUUAUCAUUUAAUGAGUUAAUAAAACCGACUACUUGAAGGCGGUGUUGCUUUAUGAAUACUUUUCAAAACCAUUGGAUGAGUUAAGUGUCACAACCAGCCAUUGUUCCUUUUGUGUUACAAAUAUCUGUGUAACACAUUUACAUCAGGAUCAGAUUCUUUGACGAUUUCCAUGGCAACCAAGCAGUAACUUAGAGUUUCUAUCAAAUCAUUUUAGUCCGACAUCUGUAACUUUCUAAGAAAUCUUGCUUAGGUCGUUUAACAUUUCUAAGAAAGACAUUCUUGUUUAUCUGUCUUUUCCUAUAGAGCCAAACACUAUAAGACAGUUGCUUUGUAUCCCCUUGAUUUGUAGAGUAUAAUUGUUGUAUUAUUUUGUGACACAGGACUAACCUGAAGGUGAAGAUGCAGGAAGAGAGGUUCCAUGAGCACUCACUUUACAAAAGACUUUUCUAAUGAAUAGGUUUAUUUGUAAAGGGGGCAAAUGGAUCUCAUAAGAAGUGAUGGUAUUCAUGUCUGUAACCCUAGCUGUAGGUAAAAGAAGCCACUUCUAUAUUUAGAAUAAAGUAUUUUUAAUGCACUUAUUUUUUUAAUUCGCUUAUUUUUACUUCUGUAUGUGGAUGUUUUGUCUUAAGGUAAGUGUAUCACAUGCAUGCAAAGGUGUGACAGAGUUGGUAGAUCUGGAACCUUAGUUACAGACAUUGUUAGCCUUCAUGUGGUUGUUAGGAACCAAAGUCAAGUCCUAUGGAAGAGAAGCCAGUUCUCUUAACUGCCCUAAAAUUGAGUUUUAAAGGCUCCUUCUUGACUUACCUCUGAACUUUUUUUUUCCUGUGAGGAAAUGAUACAGGUUUUCUCAUAUAACCAAAUUAAGUUAUAAAGACAAAAGGUUAAUUUUGUCUUACUGUGGAGGAGAUUUGGUUGCUUGCUUGGUGGUAGUUCCCAUGGCAUUCUCCUGAAGUGGAGAGGGUAGUAGAAGAGAACUUCUUUUCUCAUGGACAGGAAGCAGAGGAGAGGGAGUGGUCCCAUAAUUCCAUGUCAUGCCUCCAAUUAGCUAACUUCCUCCCACUAAGCUACCACCUCCCUAUAGCACCAUCCUAGAGAUCAAUCCUCUAACACACAGGCUUUCAGGGAAAUUUGCAAUCCACACUAGCACUGUUAGCUCAUGAGUUAGCACCCAUACUCUUAGCAGGACUAGCACUACUAUACCCAUGUUUUUAUUCUGCUUAGUUUCAAGAGCUGCUGCUGAUCGCAUAUACUCCUAGGUCUUCCUAUAGAGCAAUAUAACACAAACAAUGCUACUUCCAGCAGGUGGUUGCUUUUUCCCACCCUUUUAAAGAACAAAAGAACUUUCUUCGUAAAAUGCAAUGUAUGCAUUGAUUUAUGCUUGGUUAAUCUUCUACUCCUGAGAUAACCCAUCAUGACCAGGGGAAGCAGGCAGACAUAGUGUUGGAGCAGCAGCUGAGAGCAUACAUCUGAUCCAGCACUAGGCAGAAAGAGAGAGGCAGCUAACUGAAAUGGUGUGGACUUUUGAACUCUCAAAGCCUAUCCUCAGUGACCUCCUCCAACAAGGCCACACCUCGUCAUCCUUCCCAAACAGUUCCACCAACUGGAGACCAAAUAUUUAAACAUGAGGCUAUGGGGCCUAUCUCAUUUCAAACCACUAUAAUUUACAUGUUUGAUUCUGUUCAUAUAGAUAACAAAAGCUGAAAAUGCACAUCAAAUAUCUUGACCAUAGCUUUAAGAAAAAUGAGUAUUAUGAAAGUAUAAAAUUAGCUAGCUGCAGAAUGUUUCUUUCAGUAAGUGUAGAAUGAUGUGGAUAGGUAAAGAUAUUCAAAAUAAAAUACUUAACAUUGUGGUAGUUCAUGUUUUAAAUUUAGAGGCUUUUUACAGAAGGUAAUGAUCCAACUUCAGGUGUUUAAUGGGCAGUGGUUUUGUAAGCUGUCACUCUUAUUAAAAGAAAUGCCAUGUAAAUGCAUUUGCUUGAAACUUUAGAAAAAUGAUGGAGAAUAUUAGCUCUUUGUAUAUAGAAGCUGAGACAUUGCAGUCUAUACUCAAGAAAAGGUAGCUACAAGAUUGAAUAUGGUUGCCAUGCUUCCUUUUUACUGAGAUAUGACUGGAUAUCCAGUGUGUGUUUGCUUACACCAACCUAACUAAUUGUACUAGAAAACAAAAACAUGAAAUAUAAAAAGCAUUAAGUUGGGUUUACACUCAAAAAUUAGUAUUUUAAAGGCCACCCUUAAGAAAACAAAAAGUAAUCCAAAGGUUAGGAAGAAUAUUAUAUCAGACAAAAAAUACUAGAAUUACAUAUACUCAUAUGUCAAAAGAAUUAUAUACGAAGUCAUACAACUCAAUAAGAGAAAGACAGGGUGACCCUGCUUUUAAGAAAUGGAAAGAAGAUUCAUGUAGCUAUUAUUAUAAGAGAAAUAAAUCAGUAUAUAGUAAAUACUGAUAUAUUCAGCAUCAUUAAUCACCAGAAACAAAUUAAAUGAAAGUGAAAAGCCAAUUGAUUUUAAUGGGUGUCUAUGUUACUACCAGUUAGAUUGGCUAAAACCAAAAUGAUUGACUGAACUAAGGGUUACUAUCUUAAUAGUGACAAAUGGUUUACCUUUUGUAAGUUUGCUCUUCUGUUCAUUUAGUUUAUGAAACAAUUUAUAGUUGAUCUCCAUUAUUAUUAGCCCAGUAUGUGCAUUAUUAUUAUUUUCUGUUGUAUCUCAGAAAAUUGCAUGUAAUUGAAGCCCAUAUGUCAGUGUUCUUAGGGCAUGUAGGGACUAGUCUUUAUUGUCAGCUUAGAUUUAGACUAUUGUAGAAGACUUACCUCUUAAUGUGUCUGUGAGGCAUUGCCAGAAAGAUUUAACAGAGGAGAAAGGCCUCCCCUCAAUGUGAGUCGCACCACCCCAUAGGCUGGGCUCCCAGACAGAGCACCAGCAUUCAUGUUUCUUUCCUGUGGAUUCGGUGUCCCCUCAUGCUCCUGUUUCCCACCACAUUGGUCUUGAUCCCCUUCAAACCACAUGCCCAAGUAAACACACUUUUCCUUCAUUACCAUUGUCAGACAGAAAAAGUAACUAAUAGGAAGGUUCCUUGCCCCUUCUCCCAUUAUGGUUCUUACAUCAAAGACCUAUCAUGGUCAAGGCUUGGGCUCCACAAAGUGACUCCAUUCUCUACUACUGAUGAAACCUGUCCUCAUGACCUCAUGGCAGUUUCCUAUAAUUAGCUGACUAUUGGCACUCCGAUUUUUUGUGUGUGAAGUAUAUGCUAGGAUUGCAGACAGAUUUGCCAAAGAAGAGACUUAGAGCAUAUGGCAAAUCUGAACCAUGCACUGAGUCAGAUACCAUUGAGGUCUCAUAAACCAGUCUUUUCUUCAGGUAAAAAAUCCUCUAACACUGCCCCACAUCAAAAGCUAGUCGCUGUGCCUUAAUUAAAACAUUUAGAAUAACAUUUUGCCUCCCAAGUCAUCUCAAAAAUCAUGGACUGAAGAGAGGGUUCAGUGGUUAAGAGCACUGGCUCUCCUUCCAGUACUAACAUGGGGCUUCACAAUUAUCUCUAACUUGACUUCUGAAGGAUCUAACCCCCUCUUCUUGGCUACUGUGAGCACAAGGCAUCCUUGUGGUACACAGGCAUAUAUGCAGGCAAAACACCAGUGCAUAUAAAAUAAAGUUGCUAGAUAAUUAGAAAUAGUUUUCUUUCAAUUUUUUUAAGGCCGGGGAUCUAUGUAGCCUAAGGGUGACCUUGAACUUCUGCUCUUCCUGCCUCCAUCUUCCAAGUGCUAGGCUUAAAGCAUGUACCACCACAUUUAGAUUUUGGUUUGGAGACCAAACUCAAGGCUUCCUGCAUGCUAGACAAGCACUCUAUCAACUGAGCUACAUUCUCAGCCCCUUCCAAUUUCAUGAGUCACCAUUGUCAUUGUUAAAAGUGUUAAUAAUCUCUUUGGCAUUUUAAGCUAAAAUAAUAGAGUGUAUGUAUAUUUUUGAAUCCAUAUGCUGUUAGUACAUACGUUAAAUGCUUAUAAUAGCCCUUCAGAAAUUUUUGUAUACAUUUCAGAAUAUUUAAAGUUCUCUUACUGACUUUUGUCAUUUUUAAAACCAACCUGAAUGUUCCUUUAUGUCCAUUCUUUAUAUAACAUAUCUUCCUUCUAUGGACUGUCUAUCAAAAUGUGGUUUAGUAUGUAUCAUGUUACAUUUUUUAAGAACAAAAUAAAAAUAACAUUAGGGUAGUAAAUGCUAAAAUAA